AUGAUCCGAGCUUCUGGUCGAGCGGUGGUGCCCCGCGCAUCUUUAUCUCAUGUACGCUUCACUCGGCCUUCUGCGAUCCCUUCGGUGACCAAGGCCAUCAUCGCCAGCCGGAGUACUUCGUCCCAUGGCUCUUUCCUUGAGACCGGUCACAUUGAUGUGAAAGACGACGAGGGUCUUUUGUUUGUGAACAAUAUCUUCCCAUCCAAGCUACAAUGGCUGUUGCAAGGCCCGCUGAGCGGAACCAGAGCUUACGAGGUGGCAUUGAAACGGAUUAACCGACCCCAUCUUGCGGCGUCGGAUCCCUUACAUAUCAUCCGUCGAGUGUUCCCACAGAGCCUGGAUAUCGACAUCAGGGAAGUUAUCCCGCGCUUCAGGGAAGGCGGCGCGUUCGUGAAAUACACCCGCAAGGACGGGGACGAGAACACUGACAUCGUGACCGUUGUUCAAGACCACCUGGAGGAGAACCCGAUCAGACCAUGGUUUAACCCGUUUCAACAGGUCAAGGUCGCCCAUGUGCAUGGUAGGCCAUGGAUCGAGGAUCUGUAUCGUAUCCCAAGUCAGCGGCUGCGCGUGGAGUUCCUUCCGGGCUCUGCGGAUGGGGCCGCCGCAGAGUUAACCACGGAGACCUUGUAUUCAUUAUUCAGAAGAUACGGGAAAUUGAGAGACAUCGAGAGACAACCGUUCGAUUCGAAGAUCACGCCGAGAUAUGCGUUUGUGGCGUUCACGCGGCCCAAAUACGCAGUCAUGGCCAAGAACUGCAUGCACGGAUUCACAAUCCCGGAGCAGGAAGGCGGCGGCAGGUCCGGCACGAGAGUCAAAAUCAAGUACGAGCGGAACAUCAAGUUGUCGGUCAUUAAGGACUGGAUCCUGAACCACCCGAGAAUCGUGAUCCCUGCCAUUGCCGCCCUCAUUGCGGCCAUCACCGUCACGGUUUUCGAUCCAAUCCGCACCUUCUUCAUCGAGAUGAAGAUCAAAGCAACCUUGCAGACGGAAGAGAACAGCGUCCUCAAAUGGAUCCGGAACCAGGCCAAUAAAGCCAAUAUCAUCUAUUUCGGACACCGUAGGACUGAUCCCCGCCGUCUCACAGCUAUCUGGGAGGAUCGUCAGGGUGACAUCAAGCAACUGCAAUCUUGGCUGAUGGAGAAUGCCGAGACAUUCAUCGUCAUCCAUGGGCCUCGAGGCACGGGAAAGCGGGAACUUGUGCUGGACCGGGCCCUCGAGAAUUACAAGUACAAGGUUGUCAUCGACUGUAAGCAGAUUCAGGACGCCAAAGGCGACACUGCAAAGAUUGCACGUGCUGCCGGUCAGGUCGGCUACCGACCAGUGUUCUCAUGGAUGAACAGCAUAAGCAGCUUCAUCGACCUGGCCGCGCAGGGUAUGAUUGGCACCAAGGCCGGGUUCUCCGAAACCCUGGAUGCGCAACUCAGCAAGAUCUGGCAGAACACGGCCACUGCUCUGAAAAGGGUCGCAUUGGCAAACCGGAAAAGGGAUGACAAGGAGGCGCAUCUCUCCGACGAAGAAUACCUAGAGGCUCACCCCGAGCAGCGUCCCGUGGUGGUCAUUGACAACUUUUUACAUAAUACUUCGGAGAACAGCGUGGUGUACGACAAAAUCACAGAGUGGGCUGCGGGCCUGACCACUGGAAAUAUUGCUCAUGUGGUUUUUCUGACGACUGAUGUUUCCUUCUCCAAGCCCUUGAGCAGAGCUUUGCCGAAUUCUGUGUUCCGGACCAUUUCUUUGGGCGAUUGCUCCCUCGAGGUGGGGAGAAAGUUCGUGCUUAGCCAUCUUGAGUAUGAAGCGAAGGACGGGGACAAGCAAGUCCAAAGCAUGGAGGAACUUGGAGGCCUAGAUUGUCUGGAUAGCUGCAUUGAGGUACUGGGAGGCCGAGUGACCGAUCUUGAAUUCAUGGCACGGCGGAUCGAAGCCGGAGAAACACCUCCAGCGGCUGUCAAUCGCAUCAUCGAGCAGUCGGCCUCGGAGAUCCUGAAGAUGUUUGUCUUAAACCCUGACAUUGAUUCCAAGCAAUGGAGCCACGAACAGGCAUGGCAUCUGAUCAAGACGCUAGCCCACUCCAAGGAUGGGACUUUGCCAUACAACCAAGUCCUGCUCUCCGACCUAUUCAAGGAGAAUGGCGAGACCACCCUUCGCGCCCUUGAGCAGGCUGAGCUUAUCUCCAUCGGCUCCGUCCACGGCUGUCCUGACGCGGUUAAGCCCGGCAAGCCAGUCUAUCGGGCGGUGUUCAAACGGUUAACCGAGAACAAGACCCUGAGCAGUCGUCUGGACCUCGACAUCCUCAAGCAGCUCCUGAGCAGUGAGAACAAGAGUGUCGGGAAAUAUGAGCAGGAGUUGCAGUUGCUGGGGUCUCUACCCAAGCAGCCCCGCGAGCUCAGUGCCCGAAUCCAGUGGCUUCUGCAGAAGGUGGCCAACUCGCAGAACAAAGUCAGUCGGUAUGAGCAUGAGAGGGAUCUCAUCCGACUUGUCGGCGAUGGUCUGGCGAGCAUCGGAUGGCCAACCUUAGCGGCCAUUCUAGUCUCCAUCUGCGUGGCCACUCGCCUCCUCACCGGAUUCCAGAGCCGUCUCCGCGGCACCCCCGAGGCGGGCCAUCCACGCCCCGUCCGCACGGUGCCGUACUGGCUCCCCUGGCUGGGCCAUGGCCCGGCCUUUGCCUGGGAUCAUGUCAGUCUCAUCCAGAAAUCUAGGGAUGCCAUGAAGGAGCCCGUGUUCGGCAUCUACAUGGGUGGCACCAAACACCACAUUAUCGUGUCACCAUCCAUGGUCAACGCGGUGUUCACCGCCCGGGGUACUUCCUCGACGGACCUGAUCAACUAUGCGCUGGAGAAGAUCUUCGGGGACCGCGGUGUCAUCCGUAACUUGAACCCUGUAGAUCAUCAUGCCCUUAACCAUAACGUCCCCAAUCUGCUUACGCGCGAGCCUUUUCUUACCCAAGGCACCAAGACUGCCACCCGUUUGAUCGAACGGGAGAUCCCCAAUCUGGUGACCAAUUGUCGGAGCAUCGUGGACCAGAUGCUGUGGGAACGGGGAAGUCAGACCGUGGUGAUCGAUGGAGAUAACUCGCUUUCCUGCGAGGCGAACUUCUUCGCACUCAUCCGGAGAUUCGUGGGUCACGUCACCACGGCAAUUUUCAUGGGCGAGGCCCUCCUGGAGGCCUUCCCCAGUCUGCUAGAGGAUGUGUUUGCGCUGGACAACCAAUUCGUUCCUUUGUCCAUGGGCGUCCCUCGGUUGGUUCACCCCGGAGUAUCUGCAGCCCAUGCUGCACGUACCCGGCUUCUCGACGCCCUGACAGCGUAUCACCGGGCCUUUGUGGCUUGGGAUGACGGGAUUGAUCCUGGACUUACAUUUCGGGAUCUUGACGAUAUCUCGGAACCCGUAAAGGAGCGGAUUCGGAAGUGCAAAGAAUUAGGGCUCUCCGCAAGGGCUAGCGCUCCUACACAUCUAUCCUUGCUCUGGGCUAUGAACGGAAACUCUCCAAAUGUGGUUUUCUGGCACCUCCUUCGUAUGUAUGCCAGUCCCACACUCCUGGAAGAGAUCCGUAAGGAGGUGGCUCCCUAUGUGAAGAUAUCCCGGGAGGAGACCGGCUUUGCUUUCCAGGAAGCCCCUAAGUUAUCCAUCAAUACCGAAGAGCUGGUCAAGUCUUGCCCACUAUUAAAGGCGAGCUUCUACGAGACCUUGCGUUUGGACUCGGCGCCGUUGUCAUUCCGGGGAGUCACGUCCGAUCUAACAAUCACGGAAUCCGACGAAGAUGCUACCGCCGCUGGGGUAGCGCAGCCUCGCUCGUAUGAUAUCAAGAAGGGCGGCAGUAUUGCUAUCCCUCAUGCUGUUCUCCAUACUGACCCCCAGUAUUUCUCGAAACCGGGCGACUUUGACCCGCUGAGGUUCAUUUCGACCGACCCCGAAACCGGGGCCAGGAAAGCGAGCGUACACACCAUCAAACCUUUUGGUGGUGGAGUGUCUGGGUGUAAAGGCCGUGCUUUUGCAGAGCGAAAGCUCCUCGCAUUUGCUGCGGCAAUCAUCACCAUGUGGGAUGUCGAACCCGCGCAAGACGGAGGCUUUACGAUCCCCGACCACAGGCCAUCCGGGGCAGCUUUCUUGCCCAAGAAGGACAUAAGGGUACGGAUGAGACAGCGUGCUUGA